GAGUAGGGCCACACGCACGCGGUCGUUCGAAACGCGCCCAGACGGCGGCGAACCAGUUUCAAUACGGCCGGUCCGCGGUCCGGUGCAGUUGGCGCGCGCGCAGUUUCGGUGCGAGUGCAAUAAAUUUAUAAUAAUAUUAUUCGCGCGCGCGGCCGCAAUACCGAGUUGUAACGUCCUACGUGAGCGCGUACGGUUUUCGCGGUGCUCGGCCGUUUCCGAACGUUUUCCUCGGCGUUUUCAUUUCUCCGACGUUGUUCGCGUGCCAAUGUCGUUCGAACCAGUCAUGAGGAGCGAGAACACAGCUCGGCGUGAUCAUCGCGCGUUCGAUUUUUAAAUGUUUCUGAGAGAACAUGAUCCCGAGCUAAACUCCGCAAACAUGCUGGACGUGUACAGAUCGGACUCGCAAAAGUCCGACUCGUCGCAGAGGCCAAGAGUGUCGUUCAACCGGGACGUGCGGAUCAAGAAAAUCGGCAACUCAGAUGCAGCAAGUAUUGUGGAAGCUUUAGCUGGAGAUGGCGAAGGCCACUUGGUGCCCACGCCAGUUCGCAGGGAAAAGAUCAAAGCGUCUAAGCGUGAACUUGCGUUGGAAGCUGACCGCGUACUCAAGCAGGCAGACAGCGUGGCCUCUCUGCACUCGGAUAUACCGCCGAGAAGACAGCAGAGGAGCAAACCAGAUGGAGGGUCCCUUCAACGGAAGACCAGCUUUGGAGGGACAGACUCGAAAAAAUGGAAUUCUGAAGGUAAACUGUCUUCGUACAUGUCGUUGGACAGGCCGAAGAACCGGAUCAGGAAGAGGGAGCAGCCGACGUGGGAAGAGCAGCGGCAGGGCGGUCAACAGUAUCGUUCGUCAACGGACCUGACGACCGCGGCGGCACCGCCGAAACGACGAUCGACGGCAUCGUCGGGCAGCGGCAAGUUGACGAGGAGCGUCAGCGAUGCAGGCGACCGGGACAAGCCGCUGGCGUCCGGCGACGGCGGCGACGCAAAACGUUCGAUAUCGUUGUUCGGCACCAUCCAGCGGAUCAAGACGAAGAUCAAAAAGCGUCCGACGGCGGUGGCCGCGUCCGAGCCACCCCCGCGGAGGACGCAAUCGGGGGCCGAUCGGUCCUCGGAACCGUCCACGCCGCGCGUGGUGACGGGCCCGUCACCACCUCCGGCGCCGAUCCGGGCGAAAAAACAGCUGUCUCCCAUCAUCGAGUCGUCACCGCGGGACGAGUACUUCAAGUAUACGGUCGGCGGCCCGUUGGGCUACAGCGGCGCGUCCCCACCGCGCCCGGUCCGCGGCCACAAGGUCGACCGGAUCGUCCGGAAACUACAGCACCAGCAACAGCAGCACCAACAACAACAACAACAGGCGGCGGCGGCGGCCGAACUCGCCCGUCAACCGUCGCCACCGCUGCCACCGCCGCUGUCGUCGUCGUCGCCAGACUUCGCCCACGCGCACAACGGCAACGAACCGUUUUCGUACACGGCCACGUCGUCGCCCACCAUCGUCCACCUACCGGACGACACGGCGGCGGCAGCUGACCGACCGCCACCACCGCAACGACAACGACAACAGUAUCGCUCGGCCGGCGGCAUGGACGACACGUGGACGUCAUACGACAAUCUCAGCCACAGGCGGGACGCGCUCGAAUCGAGGCUGCAGAAACGCGCGGCAACCGUAGUGGUCAGACCACAGCGGACGGGGUCGGGUUCGGGAUCGGGGGCGACGGUGCGCGUGCGAACUCCUCCAGAUCCGGCGCCGGACACGUACGCGACGGUAUACAAGAAGAACGAGACGCUCGGCGGUGGUGACAGAUACUUCGAGCGAAAGAUCGUCACGGAACACCGGUUCGCCCGGAGGACGCCCAGGCUGUCCGGCGACGGUGACGAUGACCAUGACGACCACGAAGACGAUGUCGAUGCCGACCACCACGAUCAUCGUCACCGUGACGCCGCCGUCCACCGCGACACCGCCGUCCACCACGACCAUCAUCACCGGGACACCGCUGUCCGGCCGCCGGACGGCAGUCGCGGCCGACCACCGACGUCCCGGACCUCGUCCGGCAUGCCGAACAUCGUUUCCCGGAACAACGUGACAGUCGUCAACGCGCCGCCGCGCUCCGCUUCCGUGUACGGCGCCGACAAACCGGCCAAAAAACGUUCCAGGCUGGACAAGUUCAAGAUGCUGUUCACCGGCGGCUCGUCCGCGUCCAAGGAGAACAAGCGGCCAUCGUCGUCCGCUAAAGCUCAGUACAACUCGUCUGAUCCCGAGUCUUACACGUCGUCUUUGCGCAAACGUUACAACGUGUUCACCGGUACCGACAGCAACAAACAAGGGAAUCAUGUGUCCGGAAAUAGGAGGACUUUAUCUCCGAGCAAAACCCCGAAACCAACUGGAAACAACGCAUGGUUCAAGUCGUUGGACAGAUUCGGCAAGAAAAAUAAGAGAUCGAAGACGUUCACGUCAGGUAGCGAAAACGAUGACGAGAUCAGAGUGCACAGGGUGAACGAUCGGAACAACUCGAAGGGGACGACCCGGUCGUACCACAGCGUGGGAAACCUCAACUCGCUGGACAUGGACCAGUCACCCAGGCUGACUGCCGACAAGAGACACUCUCUGAUAGAUAGUUCGGCAGGCAGCACGACCGAGGGCGACAGUAGUCAAAAAUCGCAUAAGUCCACGGUCUAUCUUCACGCAACCACGGUAGGAGAAAUACCGGAAUCGCGACAGCUGCACCAGUCUGUGUUCGGGGCGAAGAGCAGGCGAGCCGCGAGCCGCGAGGAGCUGUCGUCGCGCAACGACGCGUUCGGCGGUGCUCAGAAGCGCACGUUGUCCCGGUCGGUGUCCGUGCUGGCGCCGUGGGUCCCGCGUCACGGCGAGGGCCGGACCGUGGACUACGACGAGCGCGGCCGGCCGCCCAGGGCGCCGUCGUCAGCCAGACACGGGCCAGUCAAGGCGACCAAGAGCGACCCGGAAGAGUCAGCUGCGGCGGGCGCGGGCAGGCCCACGUCGGCGGCGCGGACCAAGAACCGACCGCCGAAUCGGGCCAGUUCGGGCGAGGAGUCGUCGUUGCUGGACGAGGUGAUCAUCCGGACAACCAGCCGCACGGGCAAGCUCAUCAAGGACGACCGUUCCACGUCCCGGCAGAUCGGCCGGUCCAUGUCGUCGGCGAACAGGUCGGCCGCGGGUGGCACGUUGACGCGGAUCAAGACGAAAUCGUAGUGGACAACGAUAUUCAGUGUUCUAAACAAAAAUGACAACAAUAAUAAUAAUAAAAAUAAUAAUAAAAUAAUAAUAAAAUAAUAAUAAUAAUAGCAAUAAUAUUAUAAUAAUAAUAAUGAUAGUAAUAAAAUAUAAUAAUAUAUAAUGAUGAUGAUGAUGAUGAUAACGCAUAAAAAUAAUAUAAAAUUAUAUAAAAUAAAGUAUUACAAAAAACUGUCCUGCCACCGAUCAAAAAAACAAAAAAAAUAUCAUACCGAUAAUUAAUUACUUACCUAACAAGUUCGGCGGCGGUGCACCAGCUGGCGACAUUAAAAAUAUUUUUGAUUUUCCGGUUUCGCGAGCAGUGUGGUUGCGUGGGAGCACCAUUAUAGUUUUCAUGCGAGUAAUAUUAUAAUAUUAUGUUGUGAUUAUUAUUGACCUUUAAUACGACUUUUCAAUAACUACCAUUUUAAUUAUGUAAUAAGCUAGUCCGCGCAAUCGCAUUUGUCAUAAUAUUAUAUUAAUAAUAAUUGUUACACGGCAAAGAGUAAAAUAGUGUCCUAAUUUUCAAGGGAAUCAAAAUUGAUGUUUUGAUUUUAAUAUAUAUUAUUUUAUUAUUAUCAGCAAUCAAGUAUUUUUUUUACUAGGAAAUUCGGAUUUUUUGGUAAAAGACCUUUUUUUAUUUGUACGUCAGUUAUGAAAAUAUACAUUAUUAUUAUUAUGAUUAUUAUGAUUAUUAUUUACGUGCAUAUGUCAAUUUGAUAUUUUAAUGCAUUUGUUUAAUGAUUUUGAUGCUCAUGUCCCCUUUUUUUUAACAUUUCGCGGUUUUUAUUUCGUGUACACCAUGAAUCGCAAUAAUGAACACUUGUGAACUUUUUUAUUAUUUAAACCAUGUUGGUAUAUGCAUGUGACUAUUACGUUGCAUCCCUGGCAUAUUCAUUUGUUUCACCCCGCAUAUGUUAUAGUAAGCUGGCGCUUGUCCUCCAAAAAAUUGUGCUUGUCGUUUAUUCUUUAUAUUAUUUUCGUUUAAACCCAUUUUUCAAGCAGACAAACAUAGUAACUGCAAAAUAGAUUUAAAUUGCUUCUUAAAUAAUGGCAGUACCUAUUAUCACACUCAUUCAUGGGAAGAAACACAUUUUUUUUCCAUACAACAGUAUAAGCAUUUUUACUUGGUGCCUAAGUGUAGUUUAUAAAGAUUAGACCCUUUUGCCGUGUAACCAUCGAUAUUGUGUAUGUUCGAUCAUACGUAUUCGUGAGCCAAUAUUCGUUACCAGCGCCCAGUUUUCU